AUGGGACUUACUGCUGAAAAGGAUGCAAAAGUUAGAACUAGAAUUUUUGCAAAGCUGGAACAAAACCAGGAUGUAACCCUACAGCAAGUGUCAGAUGAAUGUGAAAGGAUAGUCAAAUUAAGACACAACACAGAGAAAAUUGAACAUAAAGAACAUACAACUACAGUACCAUACCAUCCCAGAUCUAAUGGACAAGUAGAACACUUUGUUGAUAUCUUCAAAAGAGCCCUUAGAAAAUCGAAUAAGGAAGUCACAGAUGAAGUAACUCUACUACAAUUUUUAAGAGUGUACCAAGUGACACCAAACCUGAAUACACCAGGGGCUAACUCACCAGCAGAGCUGAUGUUUGCAAGGAAAGUAAAAUCAGUCUUUGAUAAAUUGCUACCUGGCAAGAAAAGAAAAAGUGCCAGGGAUGACAUAGCUAAAUUAUUUAAAGUUGUUGGAAAGGUGUAUAUGAGGGCAUACAAGAAUGGAAAACAAAUUUGA